UGUGUUGGUUCAUAAGUCAUGUUUCAUAUGAGACUAUAGCAUAAUAACAGAACUAUACCAAGUGAACACCGGCUAAUACAGAACAUUUUAUAGAUUAACAUUCAUUUUAAAAAUUGUUUGAUUGAAUGUAUCGUUCAGGUGUCAACAAUUGUUUGACGUGUGCCAUUGUUUUAUAAAAAAUAGAAAGAUGUUUAAAAAAUUCGACGAAAAAGACAGUGUUUCUGGUAUACAACAAUUAAAAUCAUCAGUUCAAAAAGGAAUUCGUUCAAAACUUUUAGAACUUUAUCCUCAUUUGGAAAGUCACGUGGACGCUAUAAUUCCAAAGAAAGAUUCUUUUCGAAUUGUAAAAUGCCACGAUCAUAUCGAGAUUAUUGUAAAUGCAGCAGGAGACCUUUUGUUUUUCCGUCAAAGAGAAGGACCUUGGAUGCCUACCUUAAGAUUGUUACAUAAAUACCCAUUUUUUUUACCAAUGCAACAAGUUGAUAAAGGUGCUAUCCGGUUCGUUCUUAGUGGAGCGAAUAUUAUGUGUCCAGGUUUAACGUCGAAAGGUGCAAAGAUGACACCUGUAGAAAAGGGAACAGUUGUUGCUGUUAUGGCAGAGGGUAAGCAACAUGCUUUAGCUGUUGGCGUUACUACAUUAUCAACAGAAGACAUAGUUAAGGUGAACAAAGGAGUGGGUAUAGAAAAUUGCCAUUAUUUGAAUGAUGGAUUGUGGCAAAUGAAACCUGUGAAGUAAAAGACUGAUGUUCACAUUGUUCAAGAUUUAAUCAUGUGCGAAAACAUCUUGUUCGUUGCCCAAAUGUGUUAUCCGACAUUUUUGAAAGUAACAUGUCAUGCUGUGAAGCGAUGGUUCUAAUCGGAAUAUUGCUAUUCAAAAUAAAAAAAAAGAUUGAUAAUGCAUUUUUAUUGUACAAACUGAAUGAAUGUGACAAUUUUAUUAUAAUUGUUUAAAUGCACCAAUAUUAUUUGAAUGUAAUGUU